CCUGCGGUUGCCAUGGCACGGCGUCAGAGGCUCCACGGAAGCAAAGCACCGUGAUUUAAAAGAUUAAGGUUAAACUAUGAUAACCUAUAGUUGCUGUUUUAGGGUGGAUAAUUUCGUGACAGCGUUUAUUAAAACGUCCGUCGUUGCCGUUUGCCUUCAGAAAAGGGGGAAGAUAAACCUUCCUGAAGUGACAUCAUGGACUCUGAAAAAGCAGCUGAUCCUGUCGAAGACAACCGGGACCUGAGUCGCCUUUCCCAUCAAACUUCAAAGAAAGAUUCUCGAGCAUCAUCUGUGCACCAGAAGAACUUACAGGACAAAUCUACCAGUAGGGACAAAAAUAAAAGCAGUGCUGAGAGCAGGUCAAACACAAGAAUGAGGCUUUCAGAUCCAGACCGGGACCAGGUGUCAGAUGAGGAGAGAAGGGGAAGCGAUGGUUCGUUUUAUUCAGAAGACUAUGAGAACGAGACGCCGUCACAGCGCUCGCUUUCACCGCUCUCCCGCUCUCGGACUCCAUCCCCCGUCCCACAAAGAGGGCUUCGGGCAAAGCAGAUUUCUAGAAGCUCCUUCCACAAAACAGGUGGAGUGGGGCGCAGGGCCUUGUCUCGUCCACAUCGAGCGGGGGGCCUCUCCUUGACCCAUCAGCAUCGCAGGGGACCCCGGUCCCAAAGCAAGGAAUCAACACCCCCUAAAGACCUGGACCUGGUUACCAAGCGGAUGCUCUCAGCCCGCCUCCUGAAGAUCAACGAACUGCGCAACUCUCUCUCUGAACUGCAGCAGCGCACUGACGAUCUGCAAAAGGAAAAUCGAAUCCUCAAACAACUUCAGGCGCGUCAAGAGAAGGCCCUGCAGCGUUACGAUGACACCGAGAGCGAGAUUUCCCAGCUGCUGUCGCGCCACUCCAACGAGCUCCACGUGCUGCGGGAGAGGCUCAGGCGGACGCAGGAGCGGGAACGGGCGGCCGAGCGGCGGUCCAAAGACGGCGAGGAGCAGCUGCAACGGAGCCGAGCGACCGUCGCGCGACUGAAGAAGCUGGUGGACCAGCGAGAGCUGGGAGCCAGAGACGAGCUGAGCCGCAGACUGGAGGAGGAGAAAACUCGGGCUCAAGAAGCUGAAUGGAAGAAUAAGGAGCUGGAGCGCAGCAUGGAGCUGAGCAUCAACAGCUAUCAGAGGCAGCUGGUUGCAGAGAAGAAGAAGACUCUCAGCGCUCAGGAGGAGAUCAAGAGUCUACGUGAAGAGGUGGAACGACUGGCCGUAAAACUCAAGGAAAAAGAAAGAGAGCUGGAUGCUAGGAAUAUUUAUGCCAACCGCAUGAUGAAAACCCCAGUUCGAAAAGAGUUGGAUGGUAGCACAAAGCAGAAAGUCCUCAGCAGGAACAGCACUAAGGCAGUACAGACUGAAGACAGAGCAUCGAGUCUGGGUUUCCCCUCCCCUCCUCCUGCUGUCAGCGAUGCCAGUGAGUACGGCGAACAGGCUCCGAACGAGUACCUGUCUCUGAAGGUGGAGUUUGACAAAGUGGACAAUCACGCAGGGCCAGAGAAGACGCCUCUUGAAGAACAAAAGAAGAAAGAAAAAGACGGAGAGAAGAAGAAAGAGCAGGAGGCGGAGCCGAAACAAUUCAGCCGGGAUCUGAAUGUGCUGAAGGCAAAUAGAUUGAGUGAUAUUAAAGACAAUCUCAUGACAACCUCGGAAAAUGGCGGAGAGGGAGACAGAAAGAAGACGAGUUCACUUUUUACCCAGAAAGAAGACGACUUCUCCUGGGGGCGAGGCCAUGUCCAGGAGAAGGUGGCGAGGUGGAACCAGGACUCUCUGGCCAAUCAGCAAUCAAUGGAGGAAACGCAGCGGAAGAAAGAGAAGCUCCUGGCUAAGAUGCGCGAAAUCGACCUUCAAAACCAGGGAGCCCAAGAUGCCAUAUUUGCUGAGUUAAGCCCCGCCGAACCUAAAAAGAGUACGAGUGCGUUUUCUUCUCCACGUCCUCCCGAGCAGAGGAACUGUAACUCCUCUGUUUUUAACCAUAACGAGUCAGAGGACGCCGGGAUUAGAGAAGCUGGAAGGAGGAGGCCAGGUGUGGAGAGUGGAGCCGUUACAGCAGGAACAGGAAGGCGAGCGCUGCGAUCACAAACCUCCAGCGACAAGUUGGCAUUUGGAGGUUACGCGCCUUCGUUUGGACAUUCAGCCUCCCAGGUUUCCUCUGUCCCUCAGCCUUUGCCCAAAGAGGACAGGAGCUCUGCGUUAGAAGACGCAGGACUUUUUGAUCUCGGAGGGAUGGAGACAGAGAAGAGAGUGGACAGCGACAAGAAGGCGAGCCUCUUGCAGCAGCUGUUCGGUGCCCAGGCCGUCCUCGCCGCUGAAACAGCUAGCGCCGUCAAUAAAAUGGAGGUGCUCAAUAACUCUGCAGCCCCCAAUGGAGUGCGUUCAAGACGGGACACACUCCUCAGCUUCAGCUCAGGGUCUUCCACUCCUCCUGCAUCCUCAGUCAACACCCUGCGCGUUGCAGAAAGCAAACCUGCAAUCCGUGCCAUCAGGUCGUUUGAUGAUGAAAUAGAGGAAUUCGCUUUAUAAACCAACAGCUUUCAGUCACACAAUAAAGACACCGUAACGUUGUGACUGCUGCAAGAUGAGGGACGGGGUGAACACUUUUUAUUUCAAGUUUUAAAAUUAAACUUUAGAACAUUGCCAUGUUUUUUAACACUUGUUGUGCGUUUGUAAUCCUAAUAUAACAAUAAUAUAUUUUCUUCAGCUGUUUAGUGAAAAUCCGUUCAAAAGUUUUGGAUGUGUUUGUAAUUUACAGAAAUAUAUUUUAGUGGGUUAUACAAUUUUUGAGGCACUUCUAAAUUUUGUGGAAUAAGAUUUUUUGUUAUAACCUUAGCAAUUUGUGAUUCUGAAACAGGAGUUUUAAUCACAAGUAGUUUCUAUUCUCAAUGACAAUCAGCACUAAAAUGCUGCAAUUUAGUUUAUUUAUUUAUUUGACUUGUUAAAAACACUUUUCUACAUUGACUCGUUGUAAAGACUUAAUUUAAAUACAUAUAAUUUGAUGUAUUUGUUACAUGUUUGUGAAAUUAUUUAUUAUAUAUAAGGCAUUUGUUUUUUUUAACCUUUUGUAAUUAUUUGGAAAAUAAAACAAAAAUAAAAUAAAAUAUCAUGAUAGUGAUGAUUUACCUGCUUAUCA